AUGGGUUUCUCAGGUCCCGGCGUCUAUGCUAUCGUCCCUUACCAGGCUCCAGGCCUGAGCAUGAACUCAUGGGGAGGUCAUAAGGAGGCUGGUGCCGUUGUCAGAACCUACGACCGCGGCGACCGCGACCGCCCAACUCCCAACACGCUCUGGCAAGUAGCCCAAGUGGCCGGCUCCGGGGAUAAUGCGGAAUAUCUCAUUAUCAAUGUUCUGACUGGUUACUUCCUUACGGCCACUGGCGACAAGACCAUCACGUCGACUCCCCAGAUCUCUCCCAGCGACGCGUCUUGCCGCUGGUUCAUCAAGUCAUCGCGCACCAACGGCUACGAUGUAUUUGUUAUCAACAACAAGCUCAACGGCCGCGGCCAGCUCAAUGUCAGGGGUAGCGCUACCCAAUCUGGCACUGAUAUUAUUUCUUACCCGAUCGAGAACACCGACAACACCAAGUGGUACUUCGACCCGUUCACUGGCUGA